AUAUCUCGCGAGACUUACUCCUUGCGAGACUAACCAUCAUCACAAAAUGGCUGCGCACAUGUGAGUUGAAAAGUUGAUGCAACUUUUUUACACCGUUUUGAUCCAUGAAUCGCUUCAAACAUGGACUUGUCGUCAUUCGAAGAAGCCAGCCACCUGGUAGGUGAGCCUGACUCGUGUUUGGAGAUUGUGCGAUGCCGGGAGCACAUCCCACUGCCGCCGCAGUACCUGGGUCGUCUGCGGACAGGCGUGCAGGAGGUACUGGGCAGCGAGCUCAAGAUGUACUCCGCAAGACUUAAAGGGGUCCCAGUGUCCUACAGUAACAUCAGUCUGGUGCAGAAGGGAGGAAACAUCCUGGAUGACCAGCCCUACAUUCAUCUGGAUGUGGAGACAGAUUUCAUCGUCUUCAGACCCAAAGUUGGCAGUACCCUAGUGGGAACAGUUAACAAGUUAGGGAAGGGCCAUGUGGGCUGUCUGGUGCACAACUAUUUCAAUGCCUCCAUCCCGAGGCCCCGCGGUAUGGUGAAUGGCUGGGCAGGGUCUCGACUAGCCAUGGGGGACAAGUUCAACUUCACUGUCACCAGGAUAGAGGCUGACUAUGGAGGAGUGUUGGCCAUCACUGGCAAAAUACUAGAUGACACCUGUGACAGCCUUAUAGACGCCCAGCCUUCCAUCUGCUCCACAGGUACCCCUGGCAGAGGCAUCAUCAAGAAGAGAAAGCACACUGGAGAGGAAGAAGAUCCAUCAAGUGUGAAGAUGCUGCGUAAAACGGCAGAAAUAGUUUCCUGCAAAGAGGCUGCUGUUACUGCAGAAAAACAGCCUACAUCAACAGAUGGUAUUUCUUCAAACAAGAAGAAAAAGCACAAGAAAAAGCACCGGGAGAAAGGAGAUUGUGACACAAGUAUGUCUGUCCCUGCAAAUUCUGAUCAGCCUGAUGGGCAGGCAACUGCAGGUAUGGAGGAGGACAACCACAAUGAAGGAAAUAGUUCAACAAAGAAAAAGAGGAAACACAAGGAAAGCAAUAAGGAAGAUUCAUUUUCUGAUUCUGAAGAAAGGUUGUCUAAAAACCAAAAGAAAAGAAGACAAGAACAGAAUUGCACUGUGCCAUAUGAACAGGAAGGAGAAAACAAUGAAGAUCACGAUGAAGGACAACAUGGUAAACAUAGCAAGUUGAAUGGAGACAUAGAUGAAGAAACUAGAAGAUCUGCCCCAAACAGUGUCCUAGAAACACAGUGCAGCUCUACAAAGAAAAAGAAGAAAAAGCAUAAAGAGAAGAAACAUUCUAGUAAAAGAUAAUCCGUUGAUGAAGAAGAGCACCAGUGCAAAGGAUGGACAUUAGUAAGGUAUACAAUAUAUUUCUACAAACAAUAAAAGGAAAUAAUGAAAUUUCAAUCUUAUUCAAGGAUCACUCCAGAAAUACUGUUCAGUGUUUACGACAUUUUUUUCUAGUGCAUUUCUGUCCUGUUGUGUCACUGGGAAGCUCCCAAAGAAAUUAAAAUGUUUUAAUUUUGUA